UUAUUCUAACACGAAAUAGCAAGAGUGUUUAAUAUCUAGACAUUGUAAUUGAAUAGACGUACAUUUAUCGACAUUUUAAUUACUAAGGUCAGAUAGUAAUUUUUGGAAAGAUAUGCAUGUAGGCCUACUGGUUUUUCUGUUCAUUGUUGAUCAGAAUAUUCUCCAAUCCUGCAGGAUUCAUGUCUGACAUUCUACUACCAAGGGCUCUGUCUGAGCUGGAUAGUCAGAUGAGGUCACCAGAAGAUUUAAGUCGGCUGAAAUUUAUCCUCUUUGACAUCGUAAAGACAGAAGAGAACAGUGCACUCAGUUAUUUAGAUAAACUUCAAAACCAGGAAAAAAUUACCAACAAUGAUGUUACUAUUAUUUAUGAAAUAUUGUUUCUGAUGAAGAAAAAUGCGUUGUGGACACGAUUUAAAAAAACACUUAUUGAUGGUGGCUUUGGUGGUGAUUUAAAUUUGACUUAUUUUGUAAAAACGAAGUCAGCUCAUUUCACUGAUUUCCGUCUGAUGAUGUUAGGAAUAGCUGAGAUUUUAGAAUGUAGUAGCUCGCCUACACUCAAUCGUUUGAAGUUGAUGUAUGUAGUUCCAGGGAAUGUCACCUGCAUAUGGAUGACUCUACUAUACCUUGAGGAUAAGAUGAAAGUGGAUAAGGAUCAUCGGGAAUCGUUGUUGCGGUUUGCAGGGCAUUUAAAGUCAGCUGAUUGUCCAAAGGCUCAAAGGACCGUUAAUGAUUAUGUAAGCAGAGCAUUCAAGUUAGUUGAAGAUCCGGUUACAGACGAGGACAUGUCAACACACCCUGAAUUAACAAUGAGAAAACAGCGGUUAUCAAGUGCUGUAUUGCAAGUUGGUGUUUUAACUCUGCAAGCUAAAAAUAAACAAGUUGCAAUAGAAAAAAUGAAACUAAAUUUAGAUCAGUCUGCAAAAGAAUGUGAGGAAUUCAUCAAAAAUACUGAAACUGAACUUAAAAAACAAACUGAGGUUAUAAUUAGUAAACAACUAGAAAGUCUGGAUGACCAAAGACUAGCAAAACUUGAAUAUCUGGAAGGGUUAGAGUCAGAGGUCAAGACCAUUUUUAUAAAUAUUGAAGAAUUAAAGAACAGAUUGGCAGACGAUGGGUCUACAAACCAUGAAACUUCAACUGAAGCAGAAUUUAAGCUAAUUAAAGACCACCUUCGAACGCUGUAUCCAGAUAGUGUUGGUCAAUUUAAGAGUAAUCCCACUAAUAAAUCCUCAAACCUGGAUAAGGUAAUGGCGAUGAGCAGACUAUUUGUAACAGACAGUCCUAUAGAUGCUGAAAAAUGUUUGAUAAAUUAUAAUGAACUCAACAGAAAAUGCUUCGGUAUAGAUGAGAAAGUGUCACUGGAAGUAUGCCUUAGGAGUUCUCAAGGAAACGAUGUUAGUGAAGAACAUGAAACUGCUCCAGUUACAAUUAGUGUCGAAAGCCCAACAGCGUCAAACGCAGCUUACGAAGUUCGCACAAGUGUUUCGAAAAAUAUUCAUAAAUUUGAAUUAAAAUUUGAUCAUCCAGGAUUGUGGACACUCAAAGUAUACGUGUGUAGUAAGAUGAUUGCAGAAGUUAUAAGCCUUAUCAUAGUUUCUGAUGAGAGUAUGGAGAGUAGGUCGAUUCCUGUAAACACUAAAUAUUUGGGAGGCCAUAUUUUUGAUGUAUGCUACUUGCCUGGUGGUUCAACUCUACUUGCAUGUAACUUUACAAAUACGAUUUUCUCGUGCAAUAUGUCCGGUAGUGGUCUUAAUUUAGAAGUAUUUACUACUCUUAAUCCAUCGAGAAAAAUAAGCAGCUUAUGUUGUCCAUUUGAGGGUCAUGUGUACAUGACAGAUAACGAUGGUAAAGAACUUAUUUGGCUUGCUGACAAAGAAAAUAGGAAAACAUUUGGAAAAGGAGAUUUCAAAUAUGGAAGCCUUGGUGGAAUUGCUGCUACCACUAGUGAGAGUACUGUUCAUGUGUUUGUGUCAAACACUGAUGAACAUUGUGUAAACCAUUAUAAAGAUCACAGGCUAAUAAGGAAAAUUGAUAUUUCUGGCAUUUCUGAAGCAAAAAACUACCGGCCCUGGUUUCUUGGGAUUAAUUCACAAUUCCAGUUGUAUAUUUCUAAUGGGAUUGGCGACUCAAUCUACAUUUGUAGUGUUAAUGAUGACUAUCGUUAUGUAGAGCAUUCAUUAUGUGGCCACUAUGCAGUAUGCAUCGAUGAGAAUGAUAACAUCAUAUUAGGAUGUAAAUCUGGGCUUUGUUUAUAUGAUAAAGACUUCAAGUUCGUUAGAGCUAUUGUAAAAGGCAGUACGUUUGGUCUAGCAACACAUAAGGGUAAUCUUGCAGUAGUAUGUCCUGGUGAGAUAAAAAUAUUUGGUUUAUCAAAUGUUACGGUACCAACCUGGGAACAUAACCAGUAAAUAAUUUUAGAUAUACAUGGGUGCUUAUACAGUAUAUCUACUAAUGUUGUUUCAAUACAAUUUAUAUAUAUAUAAAUAUAUACAUAUAUAUAUAU